AGUAGUCUUAACUUAUCCAAUUGUAAGCCUCUCCUAAAUUGUAAGCCUACGUCAAUGGAGGAAGAGCGGAAUUUGGGCGCUCCAAAUUUGCAGAUAUUUCCAAUUUCUUCAACCCCUUUUGCGCAUCGAUUUUUGGUGGGAGGUAUUCGCGAAAUCCAGAAAACAUUUGCUUCAAAUGUGGAAAAUUGCGUGAAAAUGGUGGAUGGUAUGAGGUCCCAAAAUGAGAUUGUUGAUAAAGUGUUAUCAUUUCCUGCUUAUCUUCAUAGCUGCUUCCAGCUGCAGAUUCCCCGCAGGAACUUGUCUUCUCAUAACUUUGCAGCCAUUUUGCCCGGUGAUUCUGUGGCAGGAGUGGUGGUUGCUAGUGGCCUUUCCAAUUUCUUGAACAUCUACAACACUUUGCUCAUUGUCAGAUUGGUUUUGACUUGGUUUCCUAAUGCUCCUCCCGCCGUUGUUAGCCCCCUCAGCACACUGUGUGACCCAUAUUUGAACAUAUUCCGAGGGUUAAUUCCACCACUGGGUGGCUUGGAUCUUUCACCAGUGUUAGCAUUUCUUGUACUAAAUGCCUUCACAAGCACAGCUGCUGCAUUGCCUGCUGAACUCCCACCUCCCACGACGUUGCAGGAGAAGUGGAUGGCAAGGCUUGCUAAAAUGUCCAACACUCAUAAAAAGUAGUACUCCACUAAAAUGUUUUCUACAGUAUUUUCUGUUUCCUCUUACACAGAAUGAAGUUUUGAGUUGAUGUAACCAUGUUUUUUAUAAGUUGGAGCAAAAUUUGCAGAUUCACUCA